AUGAUAAAUGAAUUAGAAGCAUCGGUAAAAAAAAUAAAAGAAGACCGGGAAACCGCGCAUGAAUCGCUUAAAAAAAUAUUACUUAUGCCAGAGCUAGCAGAAGUCCGCAGUCGUAAAUCCCGUUCUUUAAGUCCAAGUAAAAAGUUUCUUAUUAUUUUUUUUAGUUUCUUGCUUCUUAAUACAUAA